AUGUUUUACCAGGAGGGUGAUAUCGUGCAGUCAGACCGUCCUUUCGGCGGCGACCUCAAGGAGGGCAAGAUUGAAAAGAUUGAGAGCAAGACGGGCGGCCACGUCGAGGUCUUCUACACCAUCAACGGCGAGAAGUUCACCUCGUGCCAGCUCUACGACAAGGUGAAGUAA